AUGUCCUAUCCUAACCAGUUGACUUCUCAGAACUCUGCGGCUUAUCCCGCAGAUAAACUCGUUUGUGGAGAAAACAUUGUCGAUCUCGCACGAAGGAUUACAAACUCUUUCGCAACUCAGCCCUCCAUUCCGCCUCACGUUUCCACUGCCGCAUAUCGCCCAUGGUGUCCAGUCGCUGAAUACUCUCCUCUGGACAGCAAUCUUCAUUUACCACAACCACCUAUGUCCUUGGCACAACGUCGUGGGCUCCCUCCACUUCCUACCCUUCCCGACUCCGCGCCGUCGAAACACCCCACCCAUCCGUAUUCCCUUCUCUCUUUGCACCAAUUUGGCUCGGGUAACGCCUCUCCCGCCCCACCGUCUUCAGAAUGCGCCGAAUGCAUUAUCACGGACCACUUUAAAUACACGCAAAUGAAGCAUCCCGGCUCGGACAAGAUUAAUUUGAACGGGCCGUACUUCGCCGUCGAAGAGGGGAGCAUGAUGGUCAACUACUUCUGGUACAAGCCCCGCUCAGUCAGCACGGCCGCACGUCAUCCAUCCAGCCAGAAGCACUAUGUUCUCAUCGCCGACCUGCUCGAGUUUCGUCGCAUCAGCCAGAUCUCGGAUGCACACUGCAAAUGGGUGCGGCAUCCGGAGAACACGGGUCUACCAGUUGAGGUUACUUUCGUCAUUAUUGGAAACCCAAGGGACGAGGUUUUGCUUGAGACGAAGGACGUCCUCUAUCUCAACUGUGCUCAUCGCAAGGUCACCCACUGUCAAGUCGGCUACUACCUCGCCUGGGCCAUCCGCCACUUGAUCAAAACCCAGCUGCCCGACUACAAUUGGCGCGACUUCGAAUUAGUGACCUUCCAUUCAGCAGAUUGCAGGAAGAUGUUUACAAGUGUGGCACAAUUGAGAAUAAAGUAG